AUGCUCGAGCUGCAGUUAACAUCGGGCGAAAGUGAAAGUUUCUUCCAUCUUACCGUCACCGGCCAACUGGAAUCAGCCUACUUCCCGAUGGGUCCGGAUGGCAGUGGGCUCUUCUGCCGCUACGACAUCGUGGCCGGUCCGGACUGGGAGUUGGUGUCCGGUCUGCAAUCGGCCGUCACGCAAAGUGCCCGCACCGAGUCCGACUACCGGACGGUCGUGUUCAACAUGCCGAUCGAGUUUACGAUGAAAUCGACCAACCCGUACGGUUGGCCACAGAUCAUCUUCAGUCUGUACGGUGCGAACGUGUGGAACGUGGAAACUAACCGUGGUUACGCGCGCGUCCACUGCCCACUGAGUGGGUCUCACUCGGCGGAGCGCACCCUGCGUGCGCCCCUCUUCAUCCCGAAGUACGCCAACGCCUGUUCGGCGGUGAUGAGCUGGAUUAGUGGCGUCAAUCCGGAGAUGCGCGACCCCAAGAUUCUGGCCGACGGGUCAAAGCACAAGGGUCUGUCGUCGGAGACGUACGGCGAGCUGGUGGUGAAGCUGUGCGCCAUUUCGCGCGGCAGCACCCGGAUGGCGCUCGACUGGGGCCAAGCGGCGCUGGUGGACGACAAAUUUUGAGGAGCAAUUAUCCAGCGUGCGCGCCGAUUGGAUGACGACUGGUCUAAUGAAUAAAGUCUCUCUACAUGCUAAGCUUCUGUCGACGUUCUGCGAUCCCGGUCCGGUGAUUAAAUGUAAAUCGGCACAAACGGUUCCUUCGUGACGAUCGGAUCCGUUCGGUAGGCCCGUGUGAUGAUUGGUAGUUCCUUCGACUCGCGGCUAGCGGCCGCCCGCGACUCGAGUGUCGGUUCGUGGUGGAACUGCUUCCUGUAGAACUCGCUCUUCCCGCCCGUCUUCUCCACCAGCAUUAUGUUCUUGAUGAGUAUCUCGUGCGAAACCGCCUUACACAUGUCGUACACGGUCAGGGCGGCGACGGACACGGCCGUCAGGGCUUCCAUCUCUACGCCCGUCUUGCCGUCGCACUUUACCUUGGCCAGAAUGUGGA